UGACGGAGAGCUCCGUAAACAUGGCGGCCAAUGCUGCAGCUGCAGAGAGCUCCGUGAGGAAGAGGCGCGUGGACAGCAGGAGGACGGAGACGGAGAGAGUCCCUGGCGGCUCUUCAGACGGAACUGCCACCAAUGGAAACUCGGAGAAAAAGAAGCAGUUCGUGUCCCUACAACCCGGAACUUACUGGCUCACUCGUAUUGUGCUGCUGCGCUCAGUCUCUUUCAUUUACUUUGUGGCCUUCAUGGUUGCCUACAACCAGAACAAGCAGCUGAUUGGAGAGAACGGGCUAAUGCCUUGCAAGAACUAUCUGAACAGCGUCAAGCGCUACGUCGGAGGAAAGAUCGGCAUGUCGGCCCUGGCAUACACACCUUCCGUCCUCUGGUUCUUAGACUGGACCAGCAUGGACGCCAACCUUGACUGCAUUGCCUUGCUUGGGAUGGCGUUGUCAGGGUUCGUCCUGGUGACAGGGAUGGCCAAUAUGGUGAUCAUGGUGACUCUGUGGGUGCUUUACCACUCUUUGGUCAACGUGGGACAGCUGUGGUACUCCUUUGGUUGGGAGAGCCAGCUGUUGGAGACGGGCUUCCUGGCUGUCUUCCUGUGUCCGGCGUGGACUCUGUCCCAGGUUCCCAGCAGCUGUCCCCCCUCCCUCGUCUGCAUCUGGACCUUCAGGUGGCUCAUUGUUCGCAUCAUGCUGGGAGCUGGCCUCAUUAAAAUCCGAGGAGACCAGUGCUGGAGAGACCUGACCUGCAUGGACUACCACUAUGAGACCCAGCCAGUGCCAAACCCCAUGUCCUAUUACAUGCACCGCUCUCCGUGGUGGUUCCACCGCUUCGAGACUCUGUCCAACCACUUCAUUGAGCUCAUUGCUCCCUUCUUCACCUUCCUGGGCCGGCGGCUGUGCAUGGUGAACGGAGCCAUCCAGAUUCUCUUUCAGGUGGUCUUGAUCAUCAGCGGCAACCUGAGUUUCCUCAACUGGCUGACCAUUGUUCCUAGUUUGGCCUGCUUCGACGACGCAUCUCUAAGCUUUCUGUUUCGCUGCGGCUCCAGAGCUAAGGAAGCAGCGCUGGAGAUCCAGAACAAGGAGGUGACCGGACAAGCCCCCAAACCCACAAAAGGCAUGUUGAUACGGCGGGUGGUGAACAUUUCUUUGGGUGUUCUCAUUGGCGUCCUGAGUGUGCCAGUGGUGAUGAACCUGUUGAGUCCGCGGCAGGUGAUGAACACUUCCUUUGACCCGUUGCGCAUCGUCAACACCUACGGGGCUUUUGGAAGCAUAACCAAAGAACGGACUGAGGUGAUCUUCCAGGGAACUCUGAGCCCAGACCCCAAAGACCCUGAGGCGGUUUGGGAGGAGUACCAGUUCAGGUGUAAGCCAGGAGACGUGUACCGACGGCCCUGCCUCAUUUCGCCCUACCACUACCGGCUGGACUGGCUCAUGUGGUUCGCUGCCUUCCAGACUUACGAGCAGAGCGAGUGGGUCAUCCACGUAGCAGGACGCCUGCUGGCCAACGACAGCACUGUCCUCUCACUGCUCGACCACAACCCCUUCCAGGGCAGAGACCCCCCCAGAUGGGUUCGGGGAGAACACUUCAGGUAUAAAUUCUCUCAGCCGGGCAGCACCAGCGCAGCACAGGGCAAAUGGUGGCUGAGAAAACGCAUCGGACCCUACUUCCCUGCUGUAGACCUGGAAGGACUCAGAGGCUACUUCCAGUCCAGGAACUGGCCUCACCCACACAUCCCACCAAGCAGGAGCUGAAGUCAUUUCAAAGCAGUUUGGAGCCAAGGUUACACUCUAUGCAGAUGACAUCAAGUUUCUCAAGAACUGCUUGAUAAAACGUCUCAUUAUUCAGAACACCAGUACAACCAUUCCCAAUCAAUGUGAAGGUUUUGAAGCUGUCAGUUUUGAACGAUUAAGCUCUAAAAACAUGCUGAGGACACCUGAAAGUAAACGUACUAACCAGAUGAAAAUGUAAAAAAAUGAAAAUUGCCACCAUGACAGCUGUCAACUUGUAUAAUUUUCUCACCAAGUCUCUGUGGCUUCCUGUGUGUGUCUGUGUGUGUUUUUCAAAACUAGCUUUAGCUUGGCUGGAUUUUGAGAGCCGAGUCACGUUAGCAUGCUAUCUGGGGCUGGAAUACAGUGUCCAAACAAGCUCACUUUCACUGGAGCACAUGUGUAAAUAUAAAAAAAAACAACAAAAAAACAAAACACUAAGGAGGUCUUCUUUGUCAAGACAUUGUCGAAUCUAAAUAUUUUUCUUUAAAAAAUCUCUAUCAGGGGUGCUGUGGUGGCGCAGGGGCAAUGCAUGACCCACAUAUUGAGGCCUUAUUUGUCGUGCCGGUGGUCGCAGGUUCGAUUCCCAGCCUGGCAAUAUUUGCCGCAUGUCUUCACUCUCUAUCAUUACCCACUUUCCUGUCAGACUACUUUAAAAUAAAGGCCUCUAGAGCCAACAAAAUAUUUUAAAUUAAAAAAAUCUCAAAUUCACAGGAGAAAUACUUGGUAGACUGAAAAACCUAUUUUGAAUACAUUUGGACUAAACAGUGUUUAAAGAAGGCAAAUGGGCAAAAUUAUUUUCUCUGAUGAAUCAGAGAAGAUUAACUUUUUCUUCUUCUCAAGCACUUCCAAAGAGUGAGAUCUAAAUGCAUACCAAAAGUAUUUUCCAGCAUGGUGGAGCACAUGCUCCAAAUGUGAAAACUAUGUUUCCAAGAGCCUUCCCAGAUCAUAACAAUUCUGAAAAUGUGUUGUCAGUAGCAGGUUAACCAAAAGUAUCCAACAAACCUGAUCAACUCUGAGCUCUGAUGACAAGAAUAAGUCCUUAUAAGUCAAUAGUUGGUCCAGAACCUGCAGCAGGGAAAACAUGAGUUUUAAAGAAGAAACAUAAGCACUGUAAGUGUUAAUUAUUUGCAUACAUUUUAAUAAUUUACACAUGAAAUCCUUAAAACGUUUGAUAAGUUUGAAUCAUCCACCAUUAAUCCACAGAGACAUGGAGAAGAAACUUAAAAGCCACAGAACAGACAGCGCAAUACCAAAGAAAGACCUGUAGAUGGUGCUGUUACUCCAAACAACCCGUCUUAUCUGACCCCAGCUGAACCUCUACAAAUAAAAAUAUGUGGUUAGAAUAUUUUUCAGGAACAGCUCAAGUACAACCAUGGGUGUCAUAAAAUGGAAGAUGUUGGACAACCAAUUUUGGACUUCUUAAUCUGGAUGAGAAAAAGAACGAGAUGGGUGUGAAUGCAGCUGUAAAGCACGGUUGGGGAGCUUCAUGCUGAGGAAUUGUUUCACUGGGACUUAAUUACAAAAAAUAAAAGUAUUAACAGUGGA